AACAAGAAUCUUCAUGACAUUACCAAAUAUAGACCUGAUAGUAAAGAAAGGCUGCUUCGUAUUGAUGGGAUAUCAGAAAGACAGACGGAGAGAGUUGGUGACCAGCUUUUAGCAUGUGUGAAAGAAUUCUGUUCCCAGAAUAACAUUGCUACAAACAUGUUUGCAGAUGAGACGGAUGGUUUUAGGGCCUCGGCAAGCCAGGAACCUGUAGCCACACUGCGCAGGACACUUAGUGGCACGGUGUCAACWUCAUACACCUUGUUCCAUGAAAAGAACAUGUCAAUUAGAGAAAUUUCAAAAUCAAGAAAUCUGGUAGAAGGAACUAUAUAUGGUCAUUUAGCUGAUGCCCUAGUUGCUGGGUACCCUGUGGACUACAAGAGGGCCGGAGUUACAGAGGAAAUACAGAAUCAAGUUCUUCAUGUCAUUAGAUCUCCUCCCAUCAACUCAGAUGUUAGCAAACUAUCUCUGAUAAAAGAAAGACUCCCACCUCACAUUUCUUUCGGGCACAUCAGAAUAGUGAUAGCAAUAGUUGAAAGUCAAGCAAAGCCUUCGAUAGUGCCUCAACAGUCCAGGAAUGUGKUCACUGCAACCAACACAAACACUAUAACACCAUCUCAAGGAAUAAAAAGAAAGGUUCCUGAAUGGUUAUCAACGACACAAUUCAAACCAGGAAACAAAGCAAAGAAGAAAAACCCAUUCUAAAAGAAGGAAAGCCUGGAAGACAUUGUUAUAUUUUGGAAUAAUUUACUUUAUUGGGGAAAGCUGAAACAACUACACUUCAGUGACAAUGUGCCAACCAAGUAUUUAUUUUCAGCUCAAUUGAAACAAAACAAAUUAUAAAAAGGAAAAUUGAAUUUAUGGUUAUGUGUAGUAGUUUGUAGUUGUGAGCUGAUUGUCAUCAUGACAAUUCAAACACCAAUGAAAGAUUAAGAAAUUAAUAGUUGUUAAGUAAUAUAUAGAAACAGUAGACAUUGUCAUCCCUCUAAAGUUAGGAGAGUUCAAAGUGGGAAUGGGUUUAAAAAUUGUUGCCUGAAGCAUGGUAGAUAAUAUAUAGAUCUUAGAUUUUGUAGACAAACCAACACUAAAAAAUUUGUACAGCAUGUUUGUACUGUAAGAUGAAAGAAUGAUGCAAAUUAGAGUGCAUGCCACAUAAGUGUGAAACAAAUCUUAACUAAUUAUUGCCUGAUAUGAUUUAGUUAUAUCAAGUAACUAAGAAUUCAGCGAGGCAUAGGCAAUUUCCUUUUUGGUAUUGUUUUUAUGCCCCAGUGAAUUGUUUUUGUUAACUAAAUCUUAUUAGUUAUUGAUUGUUGAGAAUUUAUUCAUGCUUUUUUGGCUAGCACUCAGAGUUACAGGCAA